GAGAAAAAUUAUAAAAGGGGAUCAAACAUCUUCCAUUGACGAUGGAAUUGAAUUGAAAGUAUUUGGUACCGAUAACGAAAAACACUAUAAUAUCUACAAUCAUGGCUCCAUUGAACAUUUCUCUUGAAGGAAAAACUGCAAUUGUCACUGGUGGUACGAAGAACCUCGGUGCUGAGACUGUUAAGGAGCUGGCAAGGCUCGGUGCAAACAUUGUGAUUGCCUUCCACUCUGAUUCUGAACAGUCUCAAGCCUCAAGCCUGAUCGAGAGUUUGAAGUCAGAGUACGGCGUUGACUCAAUUGCCGUUCAAGGUGAUUUGGCUAAGGAGGAGGAUGCUAAAAAGCUGUUUGAGGAGGCCAAGGCCAAAUUUGGCGGCGUUGAUAUUGCCAUUAACAAUGCUGGUAUGGUUUUGAAGAAGCCAAUUGCAAAAGUCACUACGGCAGAGUACGACACCAUGUUUGACAUCAAUUCAAAGGCUUCAUUCCAGUUCUUGAAGUUUGCGUCCCAGUAUAUCAACGAUGGAGGCUCAAUCGUUAUGUUGGUGACAUCCCUCUUGGCUGCUUACUGCGAUGGUUAUGGUAUUUACCAAGGUGCAAAGGCACCUGUUGAGUACUUUACCAAAACAUCGUCAAAGGAGUUGCACUCAAAGGGCGUGAACGUCAACUGUGUUGCACCAGGUCCAAUGGACACACCAUUUCUCUACGGUCAAGAGACUGAUGAAUCCGUGGCUUUCUUUAAGACCAUGGGUCUAGGUGGCCGUUUGACAGAGGUUGAGGACAUUGUUCCAAUUGUGAGAUUCUUGGUUACUGAGGGUCACUGGAUCACUGGUCAAACAAUCUACGCUUCUGGUGGCUUUACGGCUCAUUGA